AUGGCCAUGCAGUCCAGGUUAAUAUUCAUCGUUCUAUACGGUAUAUUUUUCGCUUCAACAUUAGAUUAUACUGAUGCGGUGGUUUUCAAGCUUACAAACUUCGUCUGCGAGAGCUACAACAAAUCGUGGGUGGUGUUCAACUACUGUCGCCUGAAGGCCCUGUUCAAAAGGGCCAACGGAUAUAGGCCGUGGCUUUACGAGAUCAAAAUCGAUAUGUGUCAGUAUUUUCGAAAGCCAUUUAAUCCCCUGGUGGCCAUAGUCUAUGGGCUCUUCAAGGAGUACACCAACAUUAACCACACGUGCCCCUAUGUGGGUCCACAGAUUGUUAAGGGCUUUUACCUAAGACACGAGCUGCUGCGUCUUCCGCUGCCGACAGGGGAUUAUCUAGUGAUGAUUCGGUGGUACUACGAUAAAAGGCUACAGUUCGAUACGAAUGUGUCUUUCGUGUUCGAAGAGGAUCUUAUAAAUAGGGAUUAA